UCCGCUCACAAACAGCGGGUCGUUGAAGAGCAAAUGGAAAACUUCAUUCUGUACGAGGAGCUUGGGGCAGGCCACAACUCAGUUGUCUAUAAAGGAAGAAGGAAGGGCAAUCUCAACUAUGUUGCCAUCAAAUGCACUGACAAAACCAAGAAAUCCGAGAUUACUAACCAUGUACGCCUCACCCAGGAUCUGGAUCAUCCAAAUAUAGCCAACUUCUACGAGUGGUAUGAGACAAGUAACCACCUGUGGUUGGUGGUGGAGCUUUGUACAGGGGGUUCCAUGGAGUCUGUAAUUGCCCAUGAUGGAAGCCUGUCACAAGAUGCGGUACGAAGGUUUGGAUGGCACUUAGUCAAAGGACUGAAACACAUCCAUGAGUUAGGAAUCAUUUUCUCUGACCUGACUCCUGCUAAGAUCCUACUUGAUGGCAGCGGCAUUCUGAAGUUUGGUAACUUCUGUCUGUCUAAGGCAGAGGGAGACACGCUGCAGGAUUUCCUUACCUUGUUCUCUGCAUCUGAGGAGAUAGAGGAAGGAGACAGCAAUCAGAACACUGACAACUUAAAGAAAAGAUUACAAGGUUCUACAGCUUACAGUGCUCCAGAGGUUUUGGAAGGAUCAGAAACUAAUAUGAAGUCUGAUCUCUGGUCUCUUGGUUGUAUAUUAUACUACAUGUACACCGGUAAACCCCCCUUCUUCUCUGACAACUACACUGAAUUGAGAGAGAUGAUCUUGAAUAAGGAACCACCACCUCCCAGGCAGACAGUGGUUUCUGCAGGUCCUCCCUGCCAGGAUUUCCAGAGUCUUCUGAAAGGGUUGCUCAACAAAAACCCCGAGAGGAGGAUGAACUGGCCACAACUGCUGGCUCACCCUUUCUGGACACAGAUUAUAAAGGAGGAAGAGGAUGCAGAAGAAGGUGAAGAGAAGAAUGAAGAAAAUGAAGAGGCAGAAAAUGUUUGCAAGGAGGUUGUUUCUUGUAGUUUGAGGCCAUGUGACAGAAGGACUGACAGCCAAAAUUCUGUCAACCACACAUCCUCUGGAGCCUUGAGCCAAAGCCAGACCCUGAAUAGUGAAGUUGGAAGGGAGAGAAGAAGAGAAGGAGAACCUGACGAUGACUCUAAGUUAACUGGGAGUCUGCAGAUGUGCCGCACACUGCAGCCCAAUAAGUCAUUCACACUAGAUAAUGUUUCAGACCUGAAGCCAAAGAGUGGUUUGGAUGAGGACAGCACUGAGGCCAUUUUUCUGCUCAGCUCCCGUGCCAACUCAAUCAGAAACUGCAGUUCAUCUGACUGUCCAAAUCAGAACAUUGCACCUCAGGUUACUCUCACUACCAGUAACUGUACUGACACUACACCCUGUGUGAAGGAUCUUCUCCACACUGAAUUUGAUCUCACUGUCACCCCAGUCCUCGACAACCCCAAGAUUUUAAAGAACACUCCUGUGCGAUAUGAUCCUAAAACCCUAUGUGUACCUGCAUAUUCAGGUGAGAAGCUACAGUCUCUGAGUGAUGAAGAGUGGACUGUCUUUCUAUCACAGCUUUGUUCAUCCAUUGAAGAACAGAGCCACUCCACUUCCACAGCCACUCGAUCAAAACUCAACCUCCUGUGCUACCUCUGCUGUGUGGUUGGACAUACAGUUAUCGCUAACAGGCUGAUUAACUCAAGACUGCUUCUAGUUUUGGUCCACCUGUUGCGACAAGCUCCUAACUGGGACAUACGGAGCAAGGUUCUCAGAGUGAUGGGACUACUGGCUCUGCACUGUAGUGACCUUGGAUUGGACAGUCCUGUUUCUGAGGCUGUGUCCACACUAACAGACCUGCUGAGGGAAAAUCUAAGGAACAGUAAAAUAAAGCGGCUCCUGCUGCCACCACUCGCAGAGUUCCUCUACCUCAUCUCCUCUCAGGAGAAGAAGAGAGGCUCCCCAGAGGGACUGUGGUUCGUUCCCGCUGCCGCCUACACUGGCUUAAUGAGGAGCCUGCGGGAAGGGGAUGACACUACAGUUCAUCAUAUGACAGCAAAAGCAAUAGAGAACAUAUCAACAGUGCUGUCUGGUCCCUCCCAUCACCUGGUCACCACAGAGAUAGGCUCCGCCCUGUGGUACCUGUUCACUCACUCCACUGUGGAGGCUGUCAGAGUCACUGCUAUUUCUUCUAUUUCUAGGCUAACCCGGGUGGUCCCAGCAAUCUUCCUAUCAGUAAUUGACACCUGUGGUCCAGCAGCCAUCUUGGAGGGCAUAGGGGGUGCUGGAGCCCGGGUCCAGCAGCACCUGCUCACUGCUGUGGCCGCUGCCUUGCUCACCUCAUGCACUCAAACACACCGUGUCACACAGAACAGGGAUUUGGUUUUGAAAGUGCUGCGUUGUCUAGAGAGUCCGUCUACGAUAACAAGAGCCAAAGCAUUACUACUGCUUCUUCUGCUCAUACAAGACAACAGACACACACUGCUUUACUGCUGUCAAAACAGACUUGUGAUAUACCUGGAGAGAGACCUCCGCAAAGCCACGCCUCUCAGAGAGAACCCCAGCCAAUCAGGAUACUUGUCUCAGUGUCUCGAUUUACUGAUUGCAUAUCUGAGCAGCACCGCACCAGUGAUUAUGGAGGAUGUUCUGUGUGCCCUCAGAGGUGUGAUUGGGAGAAGACACCCAACUACUGCUCAAAGUAAACAACUCAAACAAACUUUGCCUACUUUGUCCAUAGUGCUGGACCUUGUUUCAUCCCAGGUCUUUAGAUCUCACAUUGUAGCAGGACAGUUUCUAGCUCAAAUUGGGUUGCUGUUGAACUUCAUUGCCUCAGUAGAGUCCAAUGAAACAAAUCUGGCUAGUGCUAUGGGUACAGCAAUAUGUGAAGAUUUAAUUAGAACAUCUCUGUCUAUCGUGGAAGUACUGAGCCAGCACCAUGCACUCAUCAGUCCAUAUCAUAGUGAUGUCGUGGAUGCCAUCCUGCCUCCUCUGACAACAAUGGCUUUCAGCAAAAAUGUGGAGUGGUCUGUGUUUGUUUUGAGGGUGUUGUCUGAACUCAGUCUAAUCCUGCUGGUCCAAGAUGGUGUUGAUACUGAGGUAAAAGAGGAAAGGACAGAGGAAAAUAAAGAGAGAAAUGAGAAGGAAGGAAAGGCGGCAGAGGAAAGAGGGGCUGGACUCUUGUGUAUCACUGAAUCUCUCCUUUCAAGGUACGAGACUCUUCUACGAGCACCGGAGCCUAUACCCCUCCAUGCACUCAAACUGUUGGUAUCAAUGACUGAACACAACAGUCAGACCUGCAGGUUGAUCAAACGUAGUAGGAUCCUACCAAUGGUCUUUCAGCUCAUUAUGGCCAAUAGAAGUAACGUUAUCAGUGGGAUAGUCCAAAACGCAGUUGUUUUGCUCUGCAAUCUUAGUGAGGGCACAAUCCAGGAUCAGCAACCACUGUAUCAACAAGGGCUUAUUGAGGUGGUGGUUUGUACCCUCUCAGAAGCUGCGCUUGCUCAUCUAGAUAGAGAGGAGCAUGCUGGAAGGAAGGUCGGCCACGUUGUGCUACAAGCUCUGUUGGAACUGCUUCACAACGUCCUUAAGCAAACAUCAGUUGUUGUCCGCUCUGCCCUGCAGAGCCAGAGGCUAUCUUGUCCAGCAGCAGAGACGGAGGCAGCAGAGAAGCUGCUCCUAGCCAACAGACCCCUGAGCCAACUCAGCACACACCUCAUUCACAUGCUGUCUGCUGAGAACCAGGAGAUCUGGGAGGAGUCUGUUCAUUGUCUGUCACUGCUGGUCCAACUUUACUGUGGAGAGGGUCCUGACUGCCUGUCGCCUUCCUGCUUACGAAGCUUCUCGCAUGUGCUGCGCACUCGCAUGCACACUGAGACCCCCCGAACACAACGUACAGCUCUUAAAAUUAUUAAACGACUAGUUCAGGCUACGGACAGGUCAGAUUGGAGCGAAUGUCCUGAGGGGGCGGAGCUAAUGAGUCUACUGCACGAUAUGACCACAUCCAACAGGUAUCACACUGAUGUCACUGGCCUGGCUGCUGAUAUCCUUCAAGAGAUCUCUGAAUCCUAAAAGCUUUCAGAGCAUUCAGCCGUGCCUCCAUAUGACUGUCAUCAUUUCAAAUUGGAUCAGUGGCAGUAACAAAUAUUGGUGUGUCACUAAAAUGUCUUGACAGGGCAAUCAAAACAUGCAUCCAGUGUUCAUCAAACUUCACAGGAUUACAGCAUGAGUGUUAAUUUGGACUGUCAUUGGCAUCACAACACUGACCUCUGAGUGUGUCAACACACCUCGUGUCAUCAGCAGUGACAGAAUAUUAGAUCACGCAUGCCGUCACGAGUCAUAGAUUUCUACUUUGUAAUAACAUGAAGCUAAUGCGACAUCUAAAAACUCUUUUUUUGUUGGUAUUCCAGCACUAAAAAGGAAGUUGUUCUGUUUACUUUUAGCAGACUAGUGCCGUGAAAAACCAUUAAUACCAAAGUGGUUCACCACAUCCACUGAGUUGUGUAUAAAUCAUCCAUCUUUGCUUUUACACAAGUUAGGUCAUAUCAUUCUAAUUAAAUCAUUUUCCUGUCCCAGUGUAUACCUGAUCUCUGCCUACUGUUACAUUCCCAAUUGUUUUAACUGGAUAUAAUUACUUUGCAUAAUUAAAUAUACCAUUACUGAGAA